GGUCAGUACAAAUGGACACAAUUUCGCAAACCUGAACGUAACAUAAAGCGUCUGUUGCUCAAGCUCUAUCACAAGAUUCUGUCUGUCCUUUGGAAGAGCAGCAUGUUUCCUAAACUGGUGAUAGUUGCCCUAUUGGUGUUGGCCCUCAGCAUCAAUGUGGGUGGGGUAUGCGACGGAACAGCCUGUGACUCAGAACAGCAGAGGUUUCUCAGUAAUGCGGAAAACCUUUCAAACCUCCAGGAACUAUGCCAGUCUGCCAACGCAUAUCUUGACUGUGCUAAGAAAUUGAUCAAAGACUGUGGAGAAGAUUCCUAUGCUACUAGUAAACUCGACACUGCACAGAAGUUAAUGAAUGCCCAAGGCUGUGGUUCAGCCGGAAAACUUUUCGUCUGCAGCCCUCUCCUUAUCCUGCUUCUCUUUCUGUCCAGAUCAGUAAACUAAAUCCAUUUUGUAAUUUGAAGAUAAUCAGGAAAUGUCUCAUGUACCUGUGAACUGUUGGGUCAAGAUAAGUAAUUGAUGCAUAAGAACAACGGCGGUACGCCGUGCACAAUAGAGGGAUUAUAUUUUGGAUUAUGUGCAAACAUUAAGAUCUUUUAUUCUCAAUUGUAUACUAUAUAGUGAAAGGCAUUACAACUAUUUUUUCCAACCAUCUUGAACUAGACAAACGGAUUGGGUGUUAUUAUUGCUCAUUAAAUGCUAAUUACACACUAUUAGACAAAUUAAAUUCUAAAUGUUAUCGUAAAUAAAAUCAUAUGCAUGAA